GUUAACUUGUCAUUCUAUCCCCAGGUCUGCCUUCCGAUGUGCGUACGCUCGCGCGGUCGCAGCUCGCUCCUCUCGCGGCUCUCCUCUUUCGAGUCCUACGCGCAUAUGAUGCUACGCAGAAAACACUGGACGAUUCUACAGAAGAGGCGGAAUCGAUGGAUUGGCAUUGAUUGACUGCGAGCACACUCACACCAGGAGUGAGUUGUGGACGCGAUUGUGGUCGGAUGCAACCAGGUCCGGCCGUAAUUGCGGCAGGUACAUUCCGCAAAGUGCUCGUGUGAGAAUGUCCUGACGUCUCCGCUGCUCGCUGCAGCUGCCGUGGAGAAGGGGAGGGGCGUUGGAAUCGAGGGGGAGGGAGACAAGGAAGGUGGCAGAGAGGCAACCGACCGGAGGCUCCUGUGCGGUGGGAGAGAAGAGCAGCAGCGAGCGGAGGAGAGGGGAGGAGGAGGAGGAGAAGGGAGGAGAGAGGAGCAAAAGCCGUGGUACCAAGCACUGCAGAGAUGUCGUUCUCAUUCUUCAGGUUCAAGGCGAAAACCCCGGUUGAGCUGAUCAGACACACAAGGGAAUGUCUGCAAGCCAUUCGGUCCCCCCCCAAAGAAGGGGUCAAUGGGCAUGGAGACGGCCGAGGGGGGGAAUCAAGAGCACUGGAGAAGAAUUUGGAAAUCGCAAAGAACUUGCUGGCAAUGAAGCAAUUUCUCUUCGGCGAUGGAGAGACAGAGCCAAAUCUGGAGUUGUCACACCAGUUGACAAUGGAGGCGUGUAAGGAUGACUUCUUCAGUCUCCUUAUCAAACGACUGCAUCUCCUUGACUUUGAGGCAAGGAAGGAUGUGGCCCUCGUCUUCUGCAGCCUGGUGCGUCAGGAAAUCAAUGGCCGGCAAAUUUUCUUGGAGUGCAUUGAGAAAAGCUCUGAGUUGCUGGAUCUCCUGCUACGCGGGUAUGAGAAGCCAGAAACAGCCUUGAACUGUGGUACAAUGCUGAGGGAAUGCGCCCGAUACCCCACGCUCUCAAAGUACAUGCUUGAAUCUCCUAACUUCAAGUUAUUUUUCAAGUAUGUGGAGCUCUCCUCAUUUGAUGUCGCCUCAGAUGCAUUCCAGACGUUUAAGGAAUUCCUCACCAAACACAGGCCGAUUGUGUGUAACUAUUUGUCGGUACGAUACAACGAGUUUUUUGAUUUAUACGACAAACUGCUGUCUUCGGAGAAUUAUGUUGUAAGAAGACAGUCACUUAAGUUGCUUGGAGAAAUCCUGCUGGACAAAACGAACAUUGGUGUGAUGAUAAAGUACAUCGGCGAGGCGCAAAAUCUUCGAAUAGUGAUGAAUCUGCUCAAGGACUCUAGCAAAAACAUUCAGUAUGAAGCCUUCCAUGUGUUCAAGGUUUUUGUUGCAAAUCCCAACAAACCACCAGCGAUUGUGGGUAUUCUCUCCAAGAACAGGGAAAAACUCCUCAAGUUUCUCGAGAAUUUCCGCGUAGACAGGGAGGACGAGCAAUUUGAAGAAGAGAAGGAGUUGUUGAUGCGGGAGAUUGAACACUUACCAGCACCCUCACCCUAGCUUGUGGAGCUGAGGUUGUUGCAUGCCAACUUCAUCCUGCUAUUCUUCUUUGUCCCUGAUUCUCUUAUCUUCGAAGUCUUUAUUGACGAACACCGUGGACUCGCCACGGAGAUGUUGAGCUCAACAGCGAGACACCUGGCCAACCGUACUCGGUCUGAGCUCUGCAUCCAGUGCCUUAUCAUUCCAUGCGAAUGAAAUCUUGUACAGGACCCUACAGGUCAGGAAUGCACAUGAUUGCAGCAGUCUGUGACAGGCAUUCCCAUUGUAUCGAUUGCAUCAAACUCCACAUCGUCUUUUGACCAUGGUAGACUGGAACGAGGUACGUGGACUCUUGUGAAGGGAGCAUGACCACAAUAGGAACCCCCCUACCCCGCCGCCCCCCCGCUACGAGCUUGUUUAAUUGUGCUUCGAUCUGCAGGUUGGUGUUUCGGAAUUUCUGGCAGAGACCGUUUAACUGUGCACGAACCGCACGGGAGUUGUAUGCGAGUAUAUCAUUUGGGAAUUUCUGGAAGACCUGUUUGAUUGUACGCAAGUCGUAUACGAUUUUGAGAGUCGUAUGCGAUUUUGAGAGUUGUAUGCGAUUGUCAUUUGAGAAUUUCUGGCAGACCUGUCUGAUUUGACGCGAGCCGUAUGCGAUUUGAUCUCCAGGUGGUUGUUUAAGCAUUUCCGGCAGACCUGUUUUAGCUGCACAGGGAUCGUCUUUCCGGCAGACCUGUUUAAUUGUGCAUUAACCGGAUGCGAUUCGAUCUCUAGGUUGUUGUGUGAGAAUAUCUGGUGGAUCUUUGUGAUCAUACACAAAUCGACCGCGACUUGAUCUCCUGGAUUUGUUGUUUGACAAAUUCUGGCACGCCUGAAACAGGGGCGUCUGCAAUCAUGCGCCUUGCCGAGAGCACAAGCCUGGCAGGAGUGUUCAGUUGUGGGCUGUGGGGGACUGUUAAAUUGUGGUCUAUGCUACCUUUAACAGAAGGACACUGUAGCAUCUGCUGGGUGUUGAGAUGGGCUAUCGACUCUUUUUCAAGUCUCCUUCUCUAGUAGUACUGGAAAGUCUUUAUAUAUAUAUACAUAUAUAUAUAUAUAUAUUAUAUAUAUAUCAUGAUGGAAAAGAUUUAGUUCUAGUAAGCAUGCCCUGCCUAGCGUUUUCCAUGCCAGCCAGCAUUGAUGGAUGCUGUGGCCGACAUCCACACAUUAGAGCAUGGGCGCGGCCGCUGUUCAUCUUGGCAGUGUUGAUGUUGUGAAACUUUCCAGUUUCGGGAUGACCUGCUCCAGUCCGUUUUAGG